UCCCAAAAGCAGCUUCUGUUGUGUGAAAUACAAGAAAGGCCAAGACAGCGGGAGAGGAUCCAAGCAGGCAGUCAAAGAACUGGAGGGGGAAUAUCUUGGGGGCCACUGGGGUAGGGUUACUUUUGGUUUGUGGAGUUCAUUCUCAGAGAAAGUGACUGUUGUCUCAAUGUAAACAGCCUCUGCAUUUGCUGAAGGGGGAAGCAAGAAGAGGAGGAGCAGGGACACAUGCACUGGAGCAAAUGUUGCCUCUUCCAAUUAUUUUCUUCCUGCCUGUAACUAGCCCGAGCCUGCUGCUCUUAACAUGCAUGUUGUAAGUUAAGGUCUUAAGGGUCAAACUGCUAAUGACGCCUCAGCAGAGGAACCCCGUGUCGAACAUGAGGCGCGCAAAAAUCUAAGCAACAUAUCAGCAUCCGCGAAAAGAUUAAACAAGACACAGUUCACCUGAGGCAAUCACAAAAAAACCAUGGCUGUGAACGCAGCUAAAAUGGCCGCCGGUUUACUUUCCACAACUGCCACAAAAGCCUCCAACACGGACUCUUUCCUUUCAACGGUCCCAGGAGCCACAGACAAUAUCACCUCAAGAACAUUUAUGACAGUUACUAUAGCAACAAAUGAGACCAGCUUCAAUGCCACCGCAUUUCCAGAGGAGGUGAUUGGAGGUUCGAGGGCUGGAAUGCUGCUGGUGCCCUUUGGCAUAAUCAUGGUCAUUGGCUUAGCUGUGGCAAUGAUGCUGUAUAUUCGAAAACGAAAGCGGUUGGAGAAGUUGAGACACCAACUCAUGCCAAUGUAUAACUUCGACCCGGCUGAAGAACAAGACGACCUGCUGGAACAGGAACUACUGGAUCACGGACGAGAAGGCACCCUGGCGGGCCCCAAUGCCAAGUUUUGACAAUGGUUAUAAGCCAAACAUGACUCUCACGACCUCCCAAGGGAUGACGCAGCGACCCAGUCGUCUGGUCUUUACCGAUGUAGCCAAAGCUCUCAAUGCUUAACGACUUCUGGCCAUAUCUAGACAAACUGUUGCUCAGGAAGGGGAAAGAAAGGGAAACAAGGACUGUUAAGUGAAGCUCAGAUAAAUACUUUCAUCCAAGCAGUUACAAUAAAAUAAGUAUGGAAAAAGCAACAGGACGUAUCACAAAUAAUCUUGCACUGCAAUCACUAAGGGCACAAAUAAAGUGUGCGCUUAAAAAAAUUAUAUAAUUGUUGGUAAGUUGUUCAUUAGCUGGUCUGUGACGUCCCUCUGAGUUUCUACAUCUACUUUUAUAAAACAGUCUAUGUAAUAGUGAUUUUGUAGUCCUACAUCAUGCAAGAGACGUGUCACCAAUCUCAAAUUGUGUUUUCCGUUAGUUUUUUUUUAAACCUUUGUAACGUUUCCAUCCGUGUGCAUUAAAAAUGUCAAAGAUGAAACACGUCUUGUUUAAAAGAAAUCUAACACAGGGGUUGGUUGGUGAUAUUUUUAUUGAUAAGCGAUACAGAAGCAAAAGUAACACAAUCACCACAUAAAGAAUCAUGACAAAAUAUAAAUCACAGGUUUGUGAGUUGUAUUAAGGAAGUGGAUGAGGACACAUCAAUAACAUAACUAUAAAAUUGUGUUAAAAGCAAGGCAUAAACGAUGAUUUCUCAAGUUACAAUUCAACUUUUUAAUGGUUGAAUAUAGAUCAAGUACUGUAUGUAACUAUACCACUAGCAGUAAGGUCACAGAACAACAUUGUCCCCAUACAGAGAGUAAAUACCCAAACACAGCUUGUGUGAAAUAACACAUCAACUCAGCUAGAGCCUAGUUAAGAAUAAUCUUUCAGGCUGACUCCCAUAAGUUGAGAUCUGUGGACUACUGCAGAGCUAGUGUGACAGUUAUAUCAAGAUUUCAUGUUCCACAAUGCCCGUGGGCCCCUGAUGGAAACUUAAUCUUGGCCAAAAGUGACCAAAAGUUGGCUGCUUUCAGAGGUAGUCCAGAGGGCAAUUAAAUCAAAUCAAUACAACAUUGAAUAAAUCUGAAAUCUGGUAGCAGUUUAGUCAACAGUGCUGAAAUACAUGAAAUAACUGAAAUACGACAACAUCUAUCAAAUUAGGUAAGACGUAUUUAAAUACAGAGCGAGCAACGGGCGGUUUUCAGGUAAAGAGCCACAUGAAAGUGAGCGCCAACGGAAAAAUGUUUGAACAAGAAACCAAAAUGUUCCUCAUCCAGUGUAUCAGUGGGCUACGACUGUGGAGAUGUAAAUUUGCAUGACAUUUGUAAAUUUUCAUUUGAACUGAUUGGAACUUAUGCCAAUUUUGAACAAAUAAAGACAUUUAUGUAAAUGUAGUGCAACAUUGUUUAUGCAGUUUAGUCACAGAGCAUCUUAAUAAUAUCUGACUGUCUGGACAAUCUGGUGAUUGACAUAUCUUAUAAUUUCUGAGUUACACAAACUAAAGAGGAGUUCGAGACACGCUCCCAGAAUGACUCAGUAAUUUUUUUGGUUUAAAAUUUGUUGCAGUUUUUCCAAAAUGUUCCAAAAAAACAUCCACCAACAAGACAUAAAGGUCCUGUGGGUCUUGUGAGGAACUUGAGAACUCUCGCAAACAUUUCAAGACAAAUCUGAAACUCCAUCGUAAUUACCGUUAGCAGCCCAGUGAGAAACUGGCUUUAGGAAGCUGGUAUUGCAUUAAAGAGCAAGUCACCCCCAAAUCAACUUUUUUUGGCUGAUAAACUAUAAAAAUGAGUGUAUAAAUCGUGCUGCUGACAUGUGUAGACAAUAAUUUUGCACUUUAGUGCAUCUUAGUUAAAAUUUACAUUUUCUGCCUAAAACUGUCAGUCAGUGCGUUUACAUGCAGCCAGUAACCCUUUUAAAACCCGAAUAUUCACAAUAACCCGGUUCCGCAGGUCCAUGUAAACACAGCCAGAAACCCGGAUAUGCUCAUAACCGGGUUUUUAAAAAGCCGGUUACUACACCUGGGGUAACCCUUUUCUAACCUGAAUGUUUGGUCGUGUAAACGCAUACCGGGAUAUCACCAUCAAAGCGUGUGUUCUACGCAUGCUCUGUUUGCAAAGAAUCUUGGUCUUUUGAGUAGCAAGACAUCUUGUACGCGCCAGAACACCGGAAAUAAAUAACAAGUUGGGGGCAAAAUGGCGAGUCGCGGCACAGCACCACACUUUGAGUGACGAGGAAACUAAAGCGCAAACAAACACGGUCGCUAUCUCUUCGAACUGGGAAACAUGUUGUUGUUUUCAUGGAUACCGGAACAAGAAGAACCGGAAAUGACGCCUAUUGCGUCUGGACGUAGUCCAUACGUCCUGACGCUACCCCAACGUCCGCAUUUAAAUCGGGUUAUGCAAGUUAGAGGUAACUCUUUUUAUUAUGCUUGUAAACGGGUUAUUCUGAUCAACUCAGAAACCCGAAUCCCAACCUUAACCCGAUCAUAACCCGGAUAUUGGCUGCAUGUAAACGCACUGACUGUUGUGUCGUCGUCAGGUAAAAACUCUGCACUGCAUUUAAAUGUAAAUCUGCCAUCGCUGUAGGCUCAGAGGUACACUAUGACGUUAGCUGGUACAUUAUGAUGUCACGAUGUUGUUGUGAACCUGUGUGUGUAUUUGUUAGCGGCUCUGCCCUCUCAGUCUGCAAGGCAACAGCAUUUGUUGCAUUUUUCAAACAGGAAGUGGGAGUGGAGUAAGACUGUGGUAGGGGUUCACUUGCUAAGUUUUUCAAGUUUUCAUUUAUGAUUCCAGUCUAAUUAAAUGUUAAAACUUUAUUUUGUAAAAAGAAUGUAUAAAUGUUAAACUUGUGGAGAAUUUGACUAUCAUUUUAGAUGUUUUUAAUAUAAAUUCUUAGUUUCAUUAUGUAUUACAAUGGCCUGCCAUACAGAUUCAGUCAGCAGUGGCAGAAUCAUAUCAAUCAGCUGCUUACGUCUGGUAUUAGCUUGCAUUUUGGGAGAUUUGAUCCCUUGUGGAUCCCUCUGCAGCAGUUUAUAUGGAAGUAACAUGAGCAUCAACCUGCUUCUCAAGUGACCACUUGUGAUUCCCACUUUGUAUGCAAGUACGCAAGCAGCCAGAGCCACAUACAGUCAGCUGUAGUGAACAACAAACAGGAUUCAGUGAUUGGAUCUGAACAUGUCCUCAGACCUGGACUUAGAGACGCUGACCUCUUGGAAGCAUGUUAACAGCGAGUGUAAAUGUGGAAAAACCCUGAAACUGAAACCCUGAGGUCUGAAAAAUAACAUUUGAGAGCUGUUUUGCUGAUUCAUUACCACUAUCAGAUUGACUUUAAACUCUGUGAAAUCAAGAAGAAACAAACAAAACAAAGUUAAAUUCAUAAUAUAUCAGCUCAUGGAAUAUUCUGAUAGUUCCUGCUUAUUUUAUUGGAAACUAAGGUUUACUGUGUGUGCUUUUAGUUAAAACUGGUUUUAACAUGAGAUGAAAACAUGUGAGAUGAAAACUUUUAAAGAGAUAUUAGGACAUUCUAAAGUAGAGUUUGGUGGAACGGCUAAUGAUCUCCUAAUUGUUGUAGAUAGCUCCACAAAUGGCCUCAGUUUGGAGAAAACGAGAUCACAUUUAACAAGGACUGAUUAGAUUACAACAAAUUCAACUGCUGCCACCUUAAAGCAGCUCUGAUAAAAAUUAUAAAUAAAAAUUAAGAGUAGUUCAUGUCAGCACUGUAUGCCCUACAGCUGCUGGUGUGGAUUCACACAGUUAUUUACAUACAGUCCUAUGGUUAUUUGUGAGCACCAAUAGCUAGCUAGUAGUAGCACUUCAAAUGGAGCUUUGGAGAAUUUCUCAAAGAAACAUUAGACCCCUUUCCAGUAUUGAAACUUCUGGGAAAUAGCCCAAUAGAGUCGCUGGGCGGGACUUGUGGUAAACUUACUCACUCGCUCAGCGGGAAAUGAUAUCACAGAUGUCACCAUACUACAGACAUUUGUAAAAUUGGAAGAAUUGUUGGCACAGCUGAAUGGAAGAUGAAGUAAUCAAGCAGCAUGGACGGCUGCUUUAAAAUAGCACAAGAAUGCGUCAGAAAUCCCUCAGCAAUGCCGUAAUUUAUGCUGCUUUGUGGUCACCUACAGAGUGCUGCAAAAACGGUGCUUUAAUUUUUAUUAAUGUAUGGCUAUGGGCAACUUUUGGUGCUGAUCACUGAACACCCACUGCCAAAACGGUUGAUAUGCUGACGUCUUUGCAAAGUGUUAUGUGACACCAACAGAACUUUAGAGGGUUUACAGAUUAAUAAUGUCAUAAAACAUUUAAGUCUGUUUUGGUAGAGGGCUUGCUAAGAUUGGUUAAUGUUAGCCGACUUCCACUGCAGAUCUGUCUAUACUCAUUUUUCCAACUUAACUUGGGGGUAGGGACAAAUAAGUAAAUACUUCUGCCUACUCAUUUUCAAACAAAUAAUGGAAUUAUAUUUUGUAAUGAUACAUGUGUGAAAUGUUUGAAAUAAAAAUGAACUGAACUGAACUUCAAAGUGCCCAAACUAUCCAUUUAAAAGCAAUGUUUUGUGACUGAGCAUUGGUCACUAAUCAUAUUAGGACAUAGCUCUAAAACACUUAACCUGACAAUCAGUUUGUUCCUUUUCUGAUUUGAGGUUGUUAUUUUAAGAUCUCUAAACUCUCCUAAAUACAACUAGACUGAGUGAUGUUUUACUUAUGAGUUUACUUUCUACGAGACAGAAUCAACAACAAGAAACAAGUAUUUUUCAUGCAAUCAUUUUUUUUAAAUGGCUCAAAUGGAAACUGAUGACUUAAAAACAAACAAACAAACAACAAAAAUCAAAUUUAAAAGUAAUAAAACACACAAACGGUUAAGUACAACUGUCUUUUGUUUUUGUAGCAUGUUGGUCAACGUUAGCCAUUAAUCUCAUGUAUUUCAGCACUUUGUGGCCGUUUGCUGCCAUAAAUUUAAGAGUGUCACACAUACAUUUUACAGUGUAAGAAUCAGAAAAUACAUACAUGAUAUAGUAAAAAUAAGAAAAAGAAUAACAAAUCCCAAAAAAUAUAUGUUUUCAUGAAGAUCUAGACCCUAAAAGAUAAUCGUAUCAUCAAGUUGUUGUAACCUAUUGGCUUCCCAGGAGAACAGUCUCGCUUCAGUUGUUAAAAAAAUCAGAUACAGUUAUUUGAAAUAGAUGCUUUAUUUUUACACCUCUACUGGUGUGUAACAUCUCCUCAUGUGUGUUUUUGUAGGCAUGAAGCCCUGAAACCCCUUUAACAAUCUCAUAUGGUUUGUCUGCUAAUGAUCCUGUGCUUGUGUACGUGUGUUUUUUUAUAGUAUCACGUCAGAGAGUGAAAGGGUAACUUCUGAGGGAGAUUUUCUGUGUUUGCGUGUCACUGAGGUAGAAUGAGAGAUCAAGAAAUUGAGGCUGACUGAGGUUUAAAUGAGGUCUUUGAGUCAAGGCAUACUGGUAAUGUCAAAUACAGAUCAGAGUCACACAACAAACACAGCACCACAAUUAUUACUGAGUAGAUAUCAUGUUCCUGAAUCGUUUUGUACCUGAGGUUUCAAAAUGGUGUAAAAGCACGGUUAAAAAGUGAAAUCCUGAGUGUGGUAAAAUGACAUGUCAACAUAGACGAUGACUCAAGUAUGUAUGAAGGUUUUUUUUUCUUCUUUGUCAAAAUGAAAUAUCCACUUUUUUAUUCAGUCACUUUCUGGUUGGAAGGCACAAAGAGAAAAACACAAAUAAAUGUAUUAAAAAUAAUCACUCCAAUUUAGUAGCUCAUGUAGUAUACUGUGAAUAUUUUUCACACUAAAACUGGAUUCAUUUUUAAAUGAACCUUUCAUAAGUUUUUGCUUAUGUCGUUACAUUGGUUAAAAUGUUUGAAAACAUUUGAAACAUGUUAAAAAGAAUCAGUUUGGUUCCUUUGUUGUUGCUGUUUUUGUGUCUUUAACCCCUCUCAUUUUAGCCUACAAAUCCACCACUCCACCUCGCUUUGAAAAACACACUCACACACGCACGUGUACGCACGCACACACACACACACACA